GGAAUCCUCUUCUACGUCCCCCACUGGAUCUGGAAGAUGUGGGAAAAGGGCCUCUUCAAGACGGUCAUCCAGAACCUCUCCAUCAGGGACUACCUCGGUGACAACCUGAAGAAGUACUUUGGGAAGAACGAAGAGAUAAAAAAGCUCUGCGAUUACGUGACGUUCCACCGCAAGAACGAGAGAGGCUGGGCCUACAAAUUCUUCUUCUGUGAGGCUCUCUACCUCGUCAACGCCGUCUGCAUCUUCUUCUUCACCGACUGGUUCCUCGGCGGACAGUUCCUCUCCUACGGCAGCGAUGUGAUCCAGGUGGCCGGCAUGGACCCCGAGAACAGGACGGACCCGAUGGCCUUCGUGUUCCCGCGGAUGGCCAAGUGCACCUUCAGGAGCUUCGGCAGUUCGGGCACCAUCCAGGUCCGUGACGUCAUGUGCCUCAUCGCCACCAACAUCAUCAACGAGAAGAUCUACGUGUAUAUCUGGGUGUGGCUGGUGCUGCUAAUGACCAUUUCCUCACUGUGGAUGCUGUACCGUCUCCUCACCAUCUUCCUGCCCUUCUUCAGGAAGUUCCUCCUUCAGAACCUGGUGAAGAGCCACUACAGGAGCGACGUCGCCGCCAUCAUGCGCACAGCCUCCGUCAGCGAGUGGUUCCUCCUCAUGACCCUCGGCAGGAACAUGGAGACAACCGUCUUCUGCGAGUUCGUCGAGGAAUACGCCAAGACGCUGCAGAGGUCCUCGGCGAUCGAUAUGAACGAUAAGAUUAACGGGAAUUUGCAAGGAGGGGAGGACAGUAGUUUGUGGGGUUGAGGGGGGAUUGAGGAGAAG